CUGUCCGUCUUGAGACUGUGCGGAGCUUCCAGACGAGUUUUCAUCCCCUCACGAGGAAAGCCUGCGGUGCCGAAUAAUAAAUAGAAUCGUUUUUAUGGUGUAACGAGGUUUUGAGACACUGAGACGGUAACAGUUCUAAUUUAGCACAAUAAAUAAAACCGGGCGUCAGCUGACGCCGCCAAACGAGCAAAAACAUGAAGGAGGAAAAGAAAUACACGUUGGGGUCACUUCCUCCAGGUGGACAUAGCUGAAGAGGACUCACUUGUUUUCUGCUGGAUAGCUUGCACCUGAAAAUCACAAGUGGAGUUGCAAUGUCUCAAUUAAAGAUCCUCCAGCCGGACGACCCCAGAGGUCUCAGGUUGUGUCCCCUUGUAUCUGCAUCAGCUACAUCAGGUUUGGCAGAAGCACAGGCAGGGUUUUCUGCAGAUGUCCAGCAGAUGUUGCCAGUUAAAGAAGAGGUUCCCUCGAUCCCCAGUCUGGACCAGCAGGACAUAGGCCACGUCCACAUAAAGGAGGAGCAGGAGGAACUAUGGACCGGCCAGGAGGGAGAGCAGCUUAAUGGUCUGGGUGCUGUUACUUUGAAGACUGAAGAUGAAGAAGAGAAACCUCAAGUCUUAGAGCUUCAUCAAGAACCAGCUGAAGAUAACAGAGAGACACAGACUCCAGCCAGCUGCUCAUACAAGCAGAUAAAAGGAGAACCUGGUGGAGAACUCUGUGGAGGACCAGAACCUACCAAUACUUCAUAUCUAAACAGUCUUUUACAACCAAAUACUGAUGGAAAAGCUUCAGACUAUUUCGAGAAUGAAGUCACUGUUGAUGAGGAUGAUGAUGAUUGGCAAGAGCCUUUGUCUGGACCUGAAAGUGAAAGUAGUGAUUGGAAGGAGAGCAUGAAAUAUGACUCUGGUGUAAAGAGUGAUAAUGCGGGACGUAUCUCUGCCAAACAACCGCUCAGCUGCUCUGAGUGUGGUAAACGCUUUCAGUACAAAGGGUGUCUUCAGAGACAUUAUUCAACACAUCAUUCAGGAAAAAAAACUUCCAGCUGUUUGGUUAAUAGAGUGAAGAAAAGUGUAAAAUCGCAGACAAAAGUCCACGGUGGAGAGAAACCAUUUGGCUGCAGUGUUUGUGGACAAAGAUUCAAUCAAAAUGCAAAUCUUAAGACUCACAUGAGAGUCCACACAGGGGAAAAACCGUUUACUUGUAGCAUUUGUGAAACUAGAUUUAGACAGCAGUAUAGUCUGGAUAGGCACAUGAGAAUCCACACAGGCGAGAAACCUUUUAGUUGUGGUGUGUGUAGUAAAAGAUUUUUACAACUGGGGGAUCUGAAGAGACACAGAAGUGUCCACACGGGAGAGAAGCCUUUUGAUUGUAAUGUUUGUGGUAAAAGAUUUACUCAGAGGAUUCAUUUCAAGACACAUCUGAGUGUUCACACAGGUGAGAAGCCAUUUAGUUGCGACGUUUGUGGUAAAAGAUUUAAUCGAGAGGGCAAUCUGAAGACACACAAAAGAAUCCACACAGGAGAGAAACCAUUCAGCUGUGAAUUUUGUAGUAAAAGGUUUUCACAACCAGGUGUUCUGAAGAGACACAGGAGCAUCCACACAGGGCUGAGCCCAUAUGCUUGUGAUCUUUGUGGUAAACGGUUUAAUUAUAAGAAAAAUCUUAACAGGCACAUGAUAAUUCACACAGGAGACAAACCAUUUGGCUGUGACAUUUGUAAUAAAAGAUUUUUACAAUUAGGGGAUUUAAAGAGGCACAUGAGAGUACACACAGGAGAAUAAUUACUUUAGUGCUGUGGGGUUAGUGGGAAAAGAUUUAUCCUAAGAGGGAAAUGCAAAUCCCCAAAAGUUGAUUCUAUUCAUCUGGACGUAGCGUUUUCAGUGGGAGCAACAUUUCGUAACUCAUCCAAGUGACUUCCCCAGUCUCAGCUGGCUGCAGGUUUCCCCAACCUUAUAAACAGUGAUUUGCACAAUGACCGAAACUAGCACCACUGUGAAUCCCCAAAUACUGAAGAAGUCACUUGGAUGAGUGAUGAAAAGUUUUGUCCAGAUGAUCACAAUCAACCUUUCGAGAUUUACAUACCUGGAUAACUGAGCAUGCAUCGAGACAAGAAAAUGUGAAGAGACAACAGAGAUUGUACUGUACAGUAAUCUGAUCACAAGAUGGAAAAUGUAUAUUAAACAAUCCAUAGCUUUUGUCCCUCUGAUAAUUGCAAAUAGUAAUCAUCUGUAUCAUCUUAGUCCAACAUCAGGAAUAUGUUUUCACAUUAACGUAACAGUAUAUAGCUUUUUUUUCUUUAACCUCCUAGGACCUGGCGUCCACAUAUGUGGACAUCACAUUUUGUAUUUAUACUCAAUUUUGCUCUAAAAGGGCCUGAUAUCCGCUUACGAGGACAUUAUACUGCUACUGUUCUAUCAAAAUUUCAAAUGAAUAUCCUCAUAUGUGGCUCUCAUUUUUCUUAGAAACAAAAAUCAGGUAAAAAACAAAAUCUGGUCAUUCUUUGUUUUUACAUUCAUCGGGUCCCAAUCAGCCCAAAUAUCAAAGAGAAAUCAAAAAUGCUUGCCAUGGAAGAGUUCAGGUCAUAGAAGGUUAAAUCUGUCAUUAUGAGGUUGUUGUGUUCGUAUUUUGUAACAGUGUCAUUUUUUCUGUCUUUUAGUUUUUACAUUUGUUCCCUGUGAAUUUCAAUUUGAUUGCUGCAACUUGGCAGGAAUUUUCCCACAUUAAACCAGAUUUGGUUUACCACAUUGACACUUCAAACUUUGGUGUGGCUCAGGGAGCACAGUGUUUUAGUGCCCUCUAUUGUCCAGCAGUCUGUGCAUGAUAAAUAAAAUAUUUUCAGUA